UCUUCCUGGUCUCAGUGUAGAAGAAAUACGUGAAGCAGCUAUUCAGUUUGCUUCAGAAAACUGUUGUUAUGGUUCUGGUGUUGUACGUGAUAUGCAGAUUACUGAGAUAGUGAUGAUAAGUGCCUUUCAUUAUAAAUUAGAAACGUUUGCUGAAAAGAGAGAAUCUGCUUGGCGCUUUGUUCCUUAUAAUGGGCAGUCUAUUGAUGGGCCAAUGAAUGGACCUGCUCCUGCACCAUGGGAUGUUGUGGCCCUUCCUCCCAAGGAGUUUUCAGAUUCAAAAGCCAAAAUAGAAGUUCCUCACACUGCGUUUGUGAAACCAUGUCAUACUUGCGUUGGAAAUGGGAGAGUUCGUUGUGAAACAUGCCAUGGAAAUGGGCGGCGUCAGUGUACAUGGUGUAAAGGACGUGGUAGGAGGGAACAGAACGAUAUAUGCACUUCUUGCAAUGGGACCGGCUUUGAUCGAUGUUUCCACUGCAGUGGAUCAGGACAAGUAAAAUGUAAAACGUGUAAUAGUAAAGGAAAUCUGAAAGGCUAUGUUGAACUUACGGUUACUUGGUAAGUAGUUAAAAUAUGUAAUUAAAAUAAAUGUAUUAUUCUGUUACAGUUAAAUCU